UGCCUCACAUGGCGUGAAUGGAAAAGUACUUAAUGUAAUAUCACAGAGAAUCGAAGAGAAACGUAUGUAGAUCGAAAGAUGUUAAAUGUCGGCUUAUUCUACGUGUUAAAUUGUUUAUUAUUAUUAGUGCAAUGUCAAGGUGAACUAUCGGCGGGUCAAACUGAAAUCGCCUCACCGGCAUCUCGUCUAGAGCCCAGUGUGUGUCGCAAUGGCAGUUUGAGUGUGGAGAUAAAAGUUCCAUUUAUGGACAUGGAAUUGCAUCAUGAUAGGCCAUUGUUUUUGCUACGCGAACUGGAUGAGGAAUUGGAUUUGGUGCUGGUGCUGCAUGGUCACGAGUUGUUCCAGCUACAAGUGAGCAACGUGGAUAAGCGACUGGUGCGUCUGGGGGAAUUAGGCGGCCGGGUGAGGGAGCAGGAUCCAGUUGGUGUGUCCGUUGUCGGUUGGCAUCAAUAUCUACUAUUUACCAUCACAUUGGAUAACUCUCAGCUAGUUGAGGUCUAUCAACUGGCCAAAGAGGAAGUCUUAAGAACCGAUAUGCAACAGAAAUUUGAUCCCAUACAGGAAUUUACAUUACCUGGAAAAUUUUUGCAAAUGGAAUUACUUAAACCGAAUACAAAUCAAAUAAUGCUCUUGAUUACCAUGAACUAUACACGAACAAAUGGAAAGUGCAAAACUUUCGAAUGGCUGGAUACUUAUUUUAAUCCCCUGGAGGAACUUACUCUGCCCACCAUUCAAACAUUUCAAGUAGUGGGCCGCAAACCUUUGUAUAUUCUAAGUGGUCGCCUCUUACGUGGCUCUCAAUCAAAGCUUGUGCUGACGAUCUAUGAAAUAGAGGCUACCUCCAUGCGUUUGCAACGUCGUCAGAGCUUGACAGUGGCUAAAGGACGUCAAGUUAUGGCCGCUCGAUUUCGUGGUCGCAAUUGUAUUAUUGCCUGUGGCACAACACCGAACUCUUGCAUAUUCUUUCGCAUGAUAGAUGGCCAAUUUGUGGUGUAUAGGAAACAUACAUUGCGAGAUCUGCAAUUUAGUCACUUGGCGGCUGCUCGUAAGGGUCAACUCUUGAUUGGAGCUCGGCCAAACGGUGAUGUCAUGGUCUUCAAUACGGCUCGACUGGAUUGCUAUAGUGGCUUUAGUGAUACACACAAGGCCAAAGGCUUCUUCAGUCAUCGCAAUCAACUGAAUGAAACAUUUCUGCUAAUGGCCUACAGACAGGACACUCCGGCUGGAGCAUCAGUGAUACGUAUGAUUCAAUUGGGUGGCGGUGAAAAUGAUACGGCGAUUCUUGGUGCUACAGCAGAAAUUAAUGAUGAUCUCACAAUGGUGCAACAACAUCGUCAUGAAUUUGAGGUAUCUAUUAAUUCGCUACGUAGCCAUCUGCUACGUCGAAAACUCCAAAUGGAUCAUCUACGAAGGUUAAACCAACAACUGAAAGAGCAAUCUAUGAAACUAGAGCAAACUCUACACUUAAAUGAGAAUCAUCAUGUGGAUCAAGUGCAGGUAGAGGGUUUCCAUUUGCGUACGCCCUCGCAAUUGAAGGAACGUUUGGAUAAACUGCGUCACAACUACAGGGCUGGAGUCCGUCAGCGUUCAGCAAGAUCAUUUCUUGUGGGCCACAAUGAAUCCUCCAUGGAAAAUUUAAUUGAAAUACUCAAAGUCAAGCGUUUGCAUGUGAAAAAUCUGAUCUAUCAUGACGACAUAUUGCCAGGUUAUCACCUCGAAGCUGCUAAUCGCCUCCAUGUCAAAGGUCAUUUGCUGACUAAGAAACUAAAUACCAACAAGCUUUGGCUACAAAAACCAAAGCAGACAAACACAGACACUGAAGACUCUGUCAAGGAUUUGUUCUCCGAAAAUACUUUAGUGCGCCAUUUGCAAGUGGAACGCAUUAAUAAUAUAACUUGGUCUGAUUUAUAUAACUCGCUAUUCUUACGUUCUCGUGAUAAACUUCUCAAGGGUCGCCUCAUCGUACAGUCGAAAGCCAGAGUGUUGAAUCUUCAAGCUGAUCUUCUCAACGGUCGAAUGGUGCAGAAACUCUUCAAUACAAGACAAACUCAGACUGUUAAUUCGAACAUUUUCAUGUCCGCAUUUUUUGCCCCCCGCUUGGAGGUAAAUUUAAUAAAUGGUCUUAAUUUCGCCAAAGACAUAGUGAUACGCGGUGCCCCAAAUGCAGUGAUCAAGACUCCUGUUCGAAUCAAUCAAAUGUUUGUGGCGGGCGAUAUACACAUUGCCAAUCAAUCUGAAUCACGUCAAAUGGAAUCUCCACGUCAGCAAUACUACACAGGACAUGUAAUCAUCAAUGGUUCCCUUUGGGUCAACAGUUUGCAACGAGAUGUCAAUACCACAAGGAUAAUGCUAGACCAACAAUCUUUGGACAAAAAGGAUCUGCAAUCUGAAUAUCUAUUACUACAGACUCCACAGAAUCUAAGUAAAUUGAUCAUCAGCGAUGCCAAAGUGAUCCUACGAUCUUUACAUACAAACACACUCAAUGGACAUCCUCUGAAUGAGUAUUUGCUAAGCAACGGACAAUCAUCUAUGACGAAUCAAACAUUGCGUUUAGUAUUCAUGAAUGCUUCUAUUGAUGAUGAUGUCGUCUGUCGAGAUCAGACUUCCAUCUUAGCAGACCUUUCUAAAGAAGUUGUCCGCAAGGGUCAAAUGGCGGAAAUAAGCGGCUUAAAGAUAUUCAAAUCACCUGUACGUGUGAUGCAACUCACCACUGAACGUUUGAAUGAUUUGAGUGUCGAUGAAUUGGUGCAAAAAUCAAAGCCCCAUCAAGACUUUAAAUCAACCAAAAGCUAUGCUGGCUUGAUUGCCAACAACAUGGUCAAUGUCGAAGACAGCUUGAGUGUCCAACGUCUAAAUGGUCUACCUCUAAAUCAAAUUAGCUCUGUGAAACGUCUGGAACUGGGAGAGACUCCUUAUCUGAAGGAUUUGCAUAUCAAAAAACUGAAUUUUUUGCCCUUUGACCAAAUGCUACCAGCUGCCAAUCCAACAAACGAAUCUGCGCCACAGUUGACUCUACGCAAACAGUUGCUUGUCGAGGGAAAUGUACGCUUCGAGCAGAAUUUGCAAUUGGAGACCAUAAAUGAUCUAAAGUGGAAUGACUAUAUCAAGGAUUUGGUACGUCCCGAUCUUAAUACAGUGCUAUUGGAUCGCAAGACAUUCCUCGAGGAUGUCCGGCUAACAGAUGCUCUAGCGACACCUCAUAUGAAUGGUUUGGAUCUUAGUUCCAUGUUGGAUAACACUCUAUUACGAACCACACCCCAGAAGAUCAAUGGAGAGUACACGUUCCAGAAGCUGACCACCACAAAUUUGGAUGUAAGCAGCGUAAAUGGUGUGCCGGCCAAUGAAUUCUUGGAUACCCAACAAAAGGACAUUCAAUUGCAUGGCGAUUUGUAUUUAAUUCAAUUGAACAUAAGUGGAGAUCUCAACUGUCAACUGACCAAUAAUUUUAACAUAAAUGAAACGCUACAACAAGUGGAUCAUCUAAAGCGGCAGGAGUUAUCUUCCAGGCGUAAAGUAAUGGUGAUAGGAGAUGCCAUUUGGCCCAUGAAAAAGGAAACUUUGCCCUCCACACGCCUCGACUAUCUGCGAAGACAUGGAGUGCUCCGUGGCAAAGGAGACAAUCAAACCAUAAAUGGACAUGUGACACUCAGAAACCCUCACAUUCGAGCCAUGCAAAGUACUCAUGAUUUACCCAUUAAUGGACUUAAUUUUACUCACCUAGCCGCUGACGCCUUAUUGCGGCCUAUGUCAGACCACAACAAAAGUCAAGUUAUUAUGGCUCCCAUACAAUUUCUGCAAUCGGUUGAAGCCAAAUCCAUUCACUUGCUGAACGAUAGCAAUUUCGAAUUACUCAAUGGCAUUGAUCUGAAACGUUUGAAUGCUUCCCUCUAUCGUCCAUCCAUUGGUGCACCCAUACAAGCUGAUCUUCGCUUCACACAAUCUCCGCCAUUCUUCGAUCAUUUAACCACUGAGGGAGGAGGUCUGAUCAAUGGCGUCAGUUUAACAAAUGCCUAUCAAUUGGGCAAACAUCCAUGGCCAUCGACAAUUAGUUUCAAGCAGUUGAAAAUUCAAAAUGAUCUCAAUCUGGACUCUGUGAAUGGAAUGAAUCUGCAAUAUUUCUUCGAUACUCGUAUCCCACUACGCGGUCCUGCCUUGGAGGUAUUUGGCACACUCAGUUUUGAGAAUUUGAAACUUGGCCAAAAUGCCAAUCUUCAUACAAUAAAUGGCAUACAAUUGGAUAAUGUGGUCUAUAGGCAAAGCAAUCAAUUGCAGGCAAUAACAGGCGCCAAAACAUUUGCUGGCGGCUUGGCAUUAACUGGACCAGUACAUAUAAUGCGUCUAAAUGGUCGAGAUCUAAGUGAAAGUUUCCGCGAAACAAUUUUCACAAAUCAAAAUUAUAAUAUCGAUAGUUUGCUUCUGGAUAAAGCUGAUUUUCCAGCUGGUUUGCAAUGGCAAAAGGAAACAAUGGAAACCGAUUCUUAUGCUCCAUCUGGUGAGCUUCGCUUUGAACAAGAUACAAUGGAAAUGCAACUAAAUAUGAAUGCCUCCCACACGAAACGUUUACUCUACUUGGAUUUCGAUGAGGAACUUUAUAAAGUGGGCAAUAUCAGUGAAACUUUUGAUCUAAAGGCUCAAGUGAUGGCAGAAGCGACACCAUCUAUAUGCCAAAGGAUAAUAGUAGAGGCUAGAAUACAUUUGGCCAAUAAAAUGGUUCAAUUGAGCAAUGAAAGUCAAUCGCAAGAGCCUUUGCGAGUGGAAUCUUCUCCCAUACGGAUGAAAGUCAUAAAUUAUUGUCCUCCACUGGAUCCAUAUGCAAGGCUUCGUCUAAGGAGUAAAAUCAGUUUCACUUGCCGUGAGAUAACACAUAAUUUAGGCAUGCGACAAUACGUCGAAGAGUUGCAAUUGCAUCGAGUUAUCGAUGGUUAUCAACUUAUGUUACUCAGAACCACAGAAGAGGUUCGUAUAUUGAGGGCGAAUUUGCAUAAUUGUAGUCUCAGCGAUUGGCAAUCAAUAGGCCCCGAGGCAGAAGCAGGACGUCUAAUGAAAUUGUUUGAUAUUGGUAAUAUUACCUAUCUUCUAGUCAGUGGAGAGAGUCCUAAACUCUCCAUUUAUCAGUUAAACUCGAAGACUCAGCAAUUUCAACUCCAACAGAUCAUUGAGAACGACUAUGAUUUAGUUGAAAUUACUACAAAUCAGCAACUCAUACUAAGUUGUCGCCAAUGCAAACAUCUAGAUAUCUAUGACUAUCAACCGAGGGAGGAGAAAUUUAAACUAUUACAAAAAUUAAGCCUACAGGAAGAUCGCAUAGAGCAACUCCUAUUGCUGACUGUGGGUAAUGCAAUGCAUUUGAUGGUUCUAACCCAGCCAGGAUCGAAGUAUUUUUAUGUAUUUACCUAUGCCCACAUUGAAGGUUGGCAGCAAUCCACCUAUGGCCUAAUGGGAGAGUAUCAAAGGGCAUGGCCUUUGAUCGAUAACUACAAUGCAGAACUCCAAGAAACUGGAGUAUUUCCAAUUCUAUUGCUUUGUGGCUUGAAAGGUUGCAAAUUAAUAAAAGCCCUGGUGAGAUAAGUAA